AUGAUAAAAAGUGACAUAUAUUUUAAGCAACAAUUAGAAUGGAAUGAUUUAUAUGGGAAGAGAAUUGAAAUAUGUGGAGCAAUAACUCAACGACAUAUGGGUGAUAAUGAUUAUGGUGAACCAUGGACUGAGCUUAGUUUAGAGGUCAUGUCUAGGCAUUGGAAUCUUGAUUUACUUCCACUUGCGAUGAGAUUUCAGUUAAUCACACAGAAUCUUCAAUUUACUGGUCCAUGUAGUGCUAUAUUACAAAUUACAAAUAAACAAAUCUUCUUGGAGGAUUGUAUAGCAGCACAUAUGUUUAUACCUUUGGAAGCAUUUCAUUUUGGCAGCUUAUUCAAAGGACUAUUUUUAUCUCAUUUUUCUCGUGCAGCAUAUAUUGGAACACCAUUGGAACAAUUACAAAGUUUACAAGUUUUACGUAUUCUACGAAAUUGUCCAACACUUAUUGAUCCGAUGUUUGUAGAUUUUGAGCAUGAUCGUGAUAUUUUUAUCGUUCGAUUUGCUAUUUUAGAUGGUGGAUUUCGGCCAAGAAAUAAUGACAAUGGUAAAAUUCCAUGUACUUCUACUAUUCCUGGUUCAUCAAUUGCUUUAAAGGUACGGUAUAGUUCUAUUCGUCGUAUUCUGAUUGAUUUACGAGCUGAAUUACCGAACGGUACUUAUGGUAGACGAAUCUAUUUCCAUUUAAAUUAUCCACCGGAAAUACGGAAGUAUCAAAAAAAAACGGAUGAAGAUGAUGAUAGAGGAGGUAGUGAUGGAAAUCGAUGGAGGACAAUUCCAGAAAGUAAUGAUGACAGACGAGAUAAUUGUGCAGCUAUCAACGAAAGCCCAUAUUUUUGCUUGCAAUUACAACAACAUAUUCCUGAUCAUAUCUUGUAUCAGUUACUUAGUCGGCUUCGUAUACGAGCAGUGUUAUCGAUCGAAUUUGCAAAUUUAAAAUUUCGAUAUUUAAACAUAAUGGAUUAUGUGGAUGCACCUGUGCGUUUCGUAGGAUGCGAUCAUCGUUUAUGUGCAAAUGAUGAUAGUUUUGGCGGUAAUGAACGAUUUUAUGAACCGUCAUUUCCACGUGUCGAUGCUGAAUGUGAACAAAAGAUUAGAAGUUUUGACGUAUUUAGCUUGGAAUAUUUAAUUGCUGCAUUACUUUCACGUGGUGCUGUUGUAAAAGAUCAAAUUUUGAUAGAUAAAAGAAGCCGUGACGCCUUUAUUGAUUUGGUUGUGGAAAGGUUUAGAAAUAAUGAAGAGAUAACAUUAGAAGCAUUGGAACGAUUGCUAAAUAUGAUUGAUGAGACGAAACAAGUGCCAUGUUUAUUUACAUCAUUUGAGAAGAUUCGAAAUAGUCUAUUAGGACAAAAAGAUGUUUUGGAAGAAAUUUACCAGGAAAAUAAGCGAGAAGGUUAUCAACGUGUACGAAAGGUAGUGAUAACGCCUACUCGUGUAUUACUUGUUGUACCCGAAUUAUUAAUGGGAAACCGAGUACUUCGAAUGUUUGAUAAAGAUGGAAAUGGUGCAUUACGGAUACAAUUUCGAGAUGAUGAUGGUACACCGUUAAGAUUAAAUACUGUUGGUCUCUUCCUGAUACAAACAACAACUUUUAAUACACUUUCACGAGGGAUUUAUAUUGGAAAUCGGCACUUCGUUUAUCUCGGAUCAUCAAAUUCACAAAUGCGAGAUAAUGGUUGUUACUUUUAUGAUGAUGGAAAAGGUGGAGAAGCCCAUAAAAUUCGUGAACAGCUAGGAAAGUUUGAUCGUUGUAAUAUACCAAAAAUGAUGUCAAGAAUGGGACAAUGUUUUACGCAAGCAAAGCAAUGUAUGGUAACAUUAAAGCGUUACAAAUAUAACAAAACCUAUGAUAUCAUUGGUGGACGAGAUACGAAUCAAGCUUCUUAUAUAUUUUCGGAUGGUGUUGGGAAAGUAUCAAAAGAGUUUGCUGAAAAAAUAGCUUUAGAUAUCGAACUGGGUGCAUCAGUUCCUAGUUGUUAUCAGAUUCGCCAUCGUGGCAUUAAGGGUGUUCUAUCUGUAGAUCCUAGUUUGGAUCAACGUAAACGCUGGGCUGCUCUUAAUGAUAUAACUGAUGAAAACAAAAUUACGAAUAAGCAAAAUGAUUUAGCUGUUGUAUUUCGUCCAUCUCAGGACAAAUUCAAAGCACCGCGAGAUGAAUACAUUGAAAUUGUGAAAUAUUCGACACCUACGCCGGUUUGUCUCAAUCGUCCAAUGAUAUCUAUUUUGGACCAGGUUAGUGGAAUGCAAGGUUUUUCCGUACAUAAACGAAUUAGAAAACGUAUACAUGACUUAUUGGAUACGCAAAUGAUACAAUUGGCUGAGAUGCUAAUGAGCGAAGAAAAGUGUCGUGAAAAACUUAAUGAAUUACCAUGGCGUAUCAAUGUUUCACGUCUAACACUUGCACGUGGUUUUGCUUUAACACAAGAACCGUUUUUUCGAAGCCUACUGAGAGCAAACAUCAAGUGCACACUAAGAAAAUUGACCGCUAAGAUACAAAUUCAAGUACCAUCACAUCUUGGCCGUUCGAUGUUCGGUAUAAUGGAUGAAACGGGUCAGUUGCAAUGGGGUCAAGUUUUUGUGCAGUGCACUAGAAACAUCUGGCUUAAAACGCCAUCCGAAUCUGCUGCAAAAGAUAUCUUAAGCGGUAAAGUGAUGAUAACAAAAAAUCCUUGCAUCGUUGCUGGCGAUGUACGGGUAUUUCAAGCAGUUGAUGUUCCUGAAUUGCAUCAUUUAGUAGACGUUGUUGUUUUCCCGCAGCAUGGACCAAGACCGCAUCCCGAUGAGAUGGCUGGUUCGGACUUAGAUGGCGAUGAAUAUUCAGUAAUAUGGGAUCCGGAACUGAUGUUUGAACAUAAUGAACCGCCGUUAGAUUUCACAAAAAGCACCCUAAGCAAUGAAAUCGUCCAUGAAGAACAAGUGGAUUUAGAGAUGCGAAAGUUCUUUGUUAAUUAUAUCAAGCAGGAUUCAAUUGGUUCAAUUUCGAAUGCUUUCUUAGUUAAUGCUGAUCUUUAUGGUAUCACAAGUGAGGUUUGCAUUAAUAUAGCAAAAAAGCAUUCGAAAGCUGUAGAUUUCCCGAAAACUGGUAACGCACCUACUCCAUUAACAAGGCAAUGGACAUUGGGUAAAGAUGGAAAUAUGCUUCCACCGGAAAGAGCCGAACGUUGGCCGGAUUUCAUGCGUAAAAACCAUGAACCGAGUUACAUUUCAUCGCGUUUGGUUGGACAAUUAUAUAGACGUAUCAGACUUCUAGAUGAUGCUUUAAAUUUGACGACUGCUGUGGAAGAAAAUGUCCCGGUAACAUUGGAUCGAGAUUUGGAGUAUCCUGAUUGGGAACAAUACGAGGAUGUUGCUCAAAAAGAGCUUGAUUUCUACCAUUCACAUAUUAGGUCAAUAAUGGAAAAUUAUGGCAUUGAAGAUGAAGGACAAUUAUUUUCCGGUUUUAUUAGCGUUAUUCGAAAUCGAAUCAGUAAUCGUGAUACGGAUGACAUGUCUUUCUAUAACACAAAUCAUAUAAUCGAGAAGAAAGUUUCGGCUGUUUUCAGAGCAUUUCGUCAUCGUUUCUUUGAUGAAUUUGGUGGAUUUUUGGAAAAUACAUUUUCCGAUCAUGAAGAUAAUCAAAAUGGUAAUGCGCAAGAGCGACGUAUUUGUAUUUAUCCAACUUCGAGUAUGAAACAAAAAGCAUCAGCAUAUUACAUUCUCUGUUAUCGGAGUGCAUCGAUGGAUACAUCGUAUCGGAUUUUGUCAUUUAGUUGGCUUGUUUGGGAUAUCUUAUGUCAGGUCAAACAAGAAGUAAGAUUGGCACGUGGCAACUUAAUUGUGCAAUCAUUGGAUCCAUUGAGUGAAAGCACAUCUGAGUUGCAGUUCAUCAAGAAUUACUGUAUAGCAAAUGCAGAUGACCUGAAGUGGACUAUGUCAUGUAUAAUAAAAACAAAACAAACUUCAUGUAUUCUUGAGCCAUACUGUAGCCGUUACAAAGGUCUUGAAGAUUUAUUUUAUAUUCUCAUUAAAUGGGCUACAUUCCAUGGAUUAUUAAAGGAACAACUUAAAGCUAUUCAUAUUUGCCUUUUGUUCAUACAGUUUGGCCUUGGAUAUUAUACCAAUUGCAGAAGUACCUUGCACGUACAAUUUUUAGAAGAGACAAAGGAAAUUAUUGACACAAAUCAUGUGGCAUGCGAUUUAUAUAAUUUUGUUGGUGGUAUUGGUUUAUAUUUGUUAAAAUUUUUCAAAUUCCUUAGUUCACGUACUAUGCGAACAUUAAAAAUGUUAAGCUUUCGAAAUAUUGGAUAUAGUUCGUUACUAAUGCGAGGGCAAUGGAUAAAGCUGAAUGAAGUUGCUUUGAAAACUAUUUUUGGUAUAGCUUUGACAGGAAAAUUUGAUGAGAUAACAUUGAUCGGUACGGGACACGGAAAUGAUUCAUUCAAUCACGAAAUUUUUGGAACAAUGGAAGUUGAACCAUUUAUGAUCGAAUUACCUAUUGAAUCACCAGCGCAUUUCGAUACAUUCUGCCAAAAAGUCCAUAAGCAUUCUGGUGUGAAAUACUUGCAAAUGAGACAAGUUGCACAUCGAAAAAAAGAUCGUGUUAUUGUAUCGGCAGUUGGUACGUUAGAAUCAUUGCAUCGUUUGCGUGAUUUGCUUUCAGUACGACCAUCUGUAAAUUCAUUUGCAAAUUGCAAAGAGAAUAGUGAUAUUAUUAGUCGGAUUAUUGUGGAACGAUUCGAAAAAUUGGAUUAG